AAUUCGAAAGGAGAGACUUCCCAUCAAGAAGGCCCAACCACCACCACUCACACACACUCUCACUCUCCAUAUGCAUGCAAUGCACACACUAAACAUUUUUACUACUUGAGGCCAAUGGUUGUUAUGUUGCCUCAAUGUCUUAUGUCUUAAUUAUGUUUGAAUAUGUAAUAGGCCUACAAUACCUGAAUCAAUUGACAUUGUGAGAGAUGCGUGAGUGUUCUCACAAAGCUUAGACUGAAAGAAAAGCAAUGCAUGUGUUAUGGGUCAAAACAAAUGUUUACAGACGGUUGUCCACAUAUAAAUAAAUAUUCACAAUGGAAUAUUUUCAACUUAAUUGAAAUGAAUAGUGCACACCCAGUGCAAAGCCAAAUCCUAUUUUUCAAUGCUGUGUGCAUGUCGCCAUCUAGAGGUAUUGCAGUGCAAGUUUGUGGAUGCUGUUUCCGCGAAUGAUUAAAUUGAACUGUGUCUAUCAACUAUUAAUUGUCGUCAUCCAUUUGCGGACAUCCAAAAACCUGUCCAAUAAUUGUACAGUGUGCCGAUUGAACCAAAGUUCUGUUGACGUCGUAAUCUUUCGAACGCGAUGCACUAACUAACCUGUUUGAAAUUAAACAAAAUAUAGAUUUGAAAACAGUGCCCCAAAAGGUUUCUUUAUAGCUAACUUUUCGCUAUAGACUUCAGCUUACUACUAAAUAUGGAGAAACCCUGGGUGAAAGAAUUGAAAUGGGUACUAGAGGAUUUGGAGGAUGACCCAAGGAAAGAUGUCUGUCGACCAAGCAGCAGGACCAAUGUUAAGGAAAUUUACAUAACUGCUGAUAAUCAAGAGUCUCCUAAGGUUAAGAAGAGGACCAAACAAAAGUCAGAGUCCUUUCCCCACUCGUCCAGAAGCAGGGCAGUGAUGACCCCAGUUGUCCCUAUAGCUCUGGGGGAGCUGGAGUCCCCUGGGACCAGUGAUGAUGAGGAGGCCACAGCCUGGAAGGAGAGGGUCUCCAGUGCCAGGGAACGCCAUGAGCAAGCCAGAGCCAUGGCGGACACAUUCACUGAAAAGUUCCACUCUAUCUUAGAGGAUCUCGAAGAGAUGAAGAUUCCCAGGAAAAGCUCCACCCGACUACGGUCAUCAUGCUCCCAGUCUGCCAAUGAGGAUGGAUCCCCCCUGGCCUCUACCCAAUCAGAUAAGGCCCUGAGACGAGACUGGUUGCAACAUAUGAUUACAGCCGGAGAGGCCGGUGGUGACAUCAUCCGGACAUCUUCAUCAGCGUCAUUAUCAUUGCCAACCAUCUAUGAGGUUGUCAAGGGCAGCAGCGAGUCCAAACCUGAUGUAUCCGGAGAUGAUGUCAAAAAGAGCAAGAAGUCCAAAUGUAAAGUCAGGCAAGGCUUUCACAAUUUCACCAAGGCUCUGACUGGACUGUUGCUUACAAAGGAUGACCAUACUGGAGAUGGACCAAUUGCACGAAGUGUGACACCAUCCAAUGACACACUCAACAUGGUCAUGGUUCCUCCACAUCCACUCAGUAACUGGCGUUUGUGAGCUACAUUAAGAAAAAAGGCAACCCCAGUUGUAUGGAUGAUAUUUAGCAGAGUAUAUGUUUUUCUUAAAUAAAGGAUACAAAUGA